AUGCAUUCGGCCGAAAUGCAAAAAAGUGUAUCAGUGCAAGUAGAUAGUGAUUUCGCCCUUUUUCUACCUGGCGGUGUGUACGAAAUAAAAAAAAUGGAGCCUAGGUCGAAAUUACGAAAAGUGAUUUUAUUUUGUUUGUUACUUUCACUGUUCGGCAUGGUUGCCUUUGGAUACUUCUGUCCUGAUCAGGUUUGCGCGAUGUCUCCCCGUGAUAGGGUGGCCGAGUCACUCGCCCUCUCCUACGCGGAGGCGCCUGGCCGGCCACUUCCAGACGUCAUCGUGCAGCCGGGCCUCUCUUACGACGAAGUCCUGCACGAUGACUUCCGAUUCGAUCUCAACGCGCAUGACGUCAUGGUCUUCUUGCACAUACAGAAGACCGGCGGCACGUCUUUCGGACGCCAUCUUGUGAUGGAUCUUGAUUUGAAGCGGCCGUGUAACUGUCAACGAGCGAGAAAACGCUGCCAUUGUUUCCGACCGCACAGCAACGAAAUAUGGCUUUUCUCGAGGUACUCCACCGGCUGGAAGUGUGGUCUUCAUGCAGACUUCACGGAGCUCACAGCCUGCGUCGGAGGCGAGCUGGACCGGCACGAGGGCUCAGCUGUUCACAGGCGGUACUUUUACAUCACGUUACUCCGUGAGCCAGUAUCCAGAUAUUUAUCGGAGUACAGACACGUGAAGCGUGGAGCCACCUGGAAGGGCUCGCGGCACUGGUGUCAAGGACGGACAGCGACAGGGACCGAAGUCCCUUCGUGCUACUCGGGCGAUUCUUGGCGCGGAGUCACCCUAGAAGAAUUUACGGCCUGCCCGUGGAACCUGGCCAACAACCGACAGACGCGGAUGCUGGCCGAUUUGGCGCUGGUGGGCUGUUACAACGGCACCCUACGACAUCGGAACCCCGAUACCGAUAGGGUGCUCCUGGCGUCCGCUAAGCGAAACUUGGCUGCCAUGGCGUAUUUCGGCCUCACCGAAUUUCAAAAGAUCUCGCAGUACGUUUUCGAAGAGACGUUCAACCUACGCUUCGCCGUACCGUUCACGCAGCACAACGCGACAGUGUCAGGCGCCACUCUCGCCGCACUGUCGCCUGCGCAGGUCGCGCACAUCAAGCAGCUAAACUCCCUAGACCUGGAGCUGUACGAGUUCGCCAAGAACCUCAUGCUUAAAAGAUUCGAAGCGCUGAGAAAACGAGACAGCGAUUUCGAGUUUCGGUGGCGACAUCUGGGUGAAGUGGCGCCCCGUAGCGGCGUUACUGAGUUCGAUUGGGACUCGAAUCUCGAAGACGCGACGACAGAAAAAUAUAAAGGCAAAUAA